AUGUUUGUGUACACAGUCAGACAUUAUCAAAAACUAAAGGUAUAUUCCGCUGCUCAAACGGCCAAAAGGAAGUGGGUCAAAAUUAGUUUGCAAAAUUUGACCGAACUUACAUGGCUAGGUAAAUUAAAAGAACACACUCGUAAAGAAUGUCACCUUCUUUAUAAUACUACUUCAAAACGGAACUACCAGGACACCGGACCGCCCAUGGAAUAUAAUGAAGACUACGUACAAUACUGUAAUUAUCUAUGUGUGCCAUCAGCACGCAUUCUCGGAGGGCCUGACCUUCAUGUGGACAUUGGGUCCACCAUAAACCUCACCUGCCUCAUACAAUUCAGCCCCGAGCCGCCUGCGUACAUCUUUUGGUAUCACGAGGACGAGGUGAUAUCGUACGACUCAUCGCGUGGUGGCGUUUCGGUGGUCACCGAGAAAGGUUCAGCAACCACAUCCUACCUCCUGGUGCAAGAUGCAGCACCAGCCGAUUCCGGCAGAUACUCCUGCUCGCCUUCCAACGCCGAGGUGGCGUCGGUACGCGUUCAUGUGCUCAACGGUGAGCGACCAGCAGCUAUGCAGACCGGCUCAGCGGGGCUGUCAAAUAGUUCGCGCUGCAUUCUAGCACUGCUGGUGGCGUGCGUGUUGCACGCGCGUCUGUUGCGCGCCCAACUCGCUAGCUGAUCGCACUCUCGGCCCCCGCAUAGUUCUAUACGAUGAGCGCUUCACACAAACACCCACGCCAGUUUGAGAACCAUAGACUAGUAUUUGCAUUCGAAAAUUUUUGUUAUACUAUAUGCCCAAUUAUAUAAUUGUUAGUUUGUAAAUAAAACUAAAUAUUAUCAAAUUAAAUUGCCUUCAUUUAAGGAUCAAAUUAAAUUUUACUUACCAGAAAAGUAGUACUCAGAAAAAAUUAAUCUAAUAAAAUACUGAAACUAACUUUUUGCUCAAUUUCAGUAAAACAAUUGUACAAGAAUACUUUUUAAGUAUUCUAUAUAAUGAAAUUAAUUAAUUCUAUAAUACAUAUUAAUUACGAUACUUUAUUGAACUAAAAUUAUUAUUCUAAUUGCAAUCAACUCUACUAUUUCGAGAAAUCACAUUUUGAUACAUACUUGUGCCAGAUGUCUCUCUGCUGUGUCAAAGUAACACUCUAAACUUAAGCGUUGAGGGUAUUAUUUUGUUACAGUUUGUUUUAUGUAUAUUAUUUUACAAUUAACUUAUUUAAUCAUAACACUUAGAUAUUAAUAAGUAAAUAAAAAGAAUAUUUCAAAUAACCAUGCACUAAGACUCUAAAAUGUGUCUCUCUUAAAAUUUCAUAUUAUCUGAACAUAUUUAUUAUACCUAUUUUUUAGUCUUUUGGUUCUCCAUCUAUGGCAAAAUGUGUAUGCGCUAUUCAGACAAUACAGUGCAAUACAGAAGUGCGUAUAAACAAGUGACUCUCGUGCGCAUAGCGAAUAUUUAAAAUAAAUGUUACGAAAAUUUCUCGUCUAAAUAAAAUUUUAAACGAAAACUUAGUUUUCAGCUACUUAUUUAAGUGAAUGAGAAUAUAUUAAAGAGGUUAGAUUUAUAGAUUAAAAUAAAAAUAAUACAGAGUGUACCGUCUGCGAGCGUCGAAUCAUUGACGCAUCGUAAUGGUUCUCUGGUAAAUAAAUUUUCAUUCCUUCACAAAUAUUAUUUAUAUAAUUUAUUAGUGUUAAGUAAUUAAAUAUUCUUGUUAUCUUAAUUCAAUAUCGUAUUAUGUUCAGUAACUUAAGUAAUUACUCAUCUUUAUGUCAUUAUUUAUUUGUCAAUUUUCAGUAAUUUUGCACUUUACUGUAAUUUAAUACGUACCAUAAUCUAAGUGUGAAAAAGAUGGAAAAGUAGUUUAAUAUCUAUGCAGUUAAAAUAGAAAAGAAUUACUUUUCCUAUAUGUUGGCAAUGUAAAUAACUAAUACUGUUUGUAUCGGCUGCCAUUUUGUGUUGUCUAUGAAGAUAGCAUAAAAUGGUGAAAGCCAUAACAACAGAAUUUCGCUAACCUUUAAUGAUGAGCGAAAUUUUUUAUUUAUAUAAUGAUUUAUGAAUUGUCAGAUUAUUAGUUUUGAUAUUCUAAGUUUUUUAAAUAUUGGGAAAGUCUAUUAAUAUAUAAUGAUUAACAACAACCACAGUUUCGACCUAGUAGCAAUUUGAGUUGGCCUAUAGUUUUUUUGUAUUCGAUAGGCCUCAAAUUGCUA